CGGAGCGCACUCCGCCUGCAGCCGGCUGCCAGUGCCGCGUUCCUCCAGUGGCCGCCGCCUCCCGACAGCGCGCCCCGGGACGUGCCAGCCUCGCACCGCCUGCGCUGAUUUCCCCGAGGGGCGCCGCGGCCGGCCUGGCGACUUUCUGGGCUCCCGAUGGUUCGCGUGCUGCCCACCUUCGCCCAUCCCUGACUCCACGGACCGCAGCCCCGCAGAUCCAGCGCGGCGCCGAGGACAGUCCAGCGGAGUUCUCUGUCUUUUGCGCGGGCAGCCAUUGUUUGAUGUCCUGUGACUGAUAAAACCUGCUGUUUAACUUGAUUAUGCCUUUGGAGAUGGAGCCCAAGAUGAGCAAACUCGCCUUUGGGUGCCAGAGAAGCUCCACGUCCGAUGAUGAUUCUGGCUGUGCGCUGGAGGAGUACGCCUGGGUGCCCCCCGGCCUCAGGCCAGAGCAGAUCCAGCUCUAUUUUGCUUGCUUACCCGAGGAAAAGGUUCCUUAUGUUAACAGCCCUGGAGAGAAACAUCGAAUUAAACAGCUUUUGUACCAGUUGCCACCACAUGAUAAUGAGGUGCGGUAUUGCCAGUCUUUGAGUGAAGAAGAGAAAAAAGAAUUGCAAGUGUUCAGUGCUCAGCGGAAGAAAGAAGCACUUGGAAGAGGAACGAUUAAACUUUUGUCCAGAGCAGUAAUGCACGCUGUGUGUGAGCAGUGUGGACUGAAGCUAAACGGAGGUGAAAUUGCAGUGUUUGCGUCGCGCGCGGGCCCUGGAGUAUGCUGGCACCCGUCCUGUUUUGUCUGCUUCACGUGUAACGAGCUGCUGGUCGACCUCAUCUAUUUUUAUCAGGAUGGAAAAAUUCACUGUGGCAGGCACCACGCUGAACUGCUCAAACCACGGUGUUCAGCAUGUGACGAGAUAAUUUUUGCUGAUGAGUGCACAGAAGCUGAGGGUCGCCAUUGGCACAUGAAGCACUUCUGCUGCCUUGAGUGUGAAACGGUCCUGGGAGGACAGAGGUAUAUCAUGAAGGAUGGCCGCCCGUUCUGCUGUGGCUGUUUUGAGUCUCUGUAUGCCGAGUACUGUGAAACCUGUGGGGAGCAUAUUGGUGUCGACCAUGCACAGAUGACCUACGACGGGCAGCACUGGCAUGCUACAGAAGCCUGCUUUUCUUGUGCCCAGUGUAAAGCCUCUUUGCUGGGGUGUCCCUUUCUUCCCAAACAAGGCCAGAUUUAUUGCUCAAAAACAUGCAGUCUUGGUGAAGAUGUCCAUGCUUCUGAUUCUUCCGACUCUGCAUUUCAGUCCGCUCGAUCAAGAGACUCCAGAAGAAGUGUCCGGAUGGGCAAAAGCAGUCGGUCAGCGGAUCAGUGUAGACAGUCUCUCCUCUUGUCUCCUGCUCUAAACUACAAGUUUCCUGGCCUUUCAGGCAAUGCCGAUGACACCCUUUCUCGGAAAUUGGAUGACCUGAGUCUCUCCAGGCGGGGAGCAAGUUUUGUCAAUGAAGACUUUUGGAAAGGCAGAGUAGAGCAUGAAACCCCAGAAGACCCUGAAGAAUGGGCCGAGCAUGAAGAUUAUAUGACGCAGCUUCUCCUCAAGUUUGGUGAUAAAAGCCUCUUUCAGCAGCAGCCCAAUGAGAUAGAUAUUCGAGCCAGUGAGCAUUGGAUAUCUGAUAACAUGGUUAAAAAUAAGGCUGAGUUAAAGCAAAAUAACCAGAGCCUUGCAAGUAAAAAAUACCAAUCUGAUAUGUAUUGGGCCCAGUCACAAGAUGGACUUGGAGAUUCUGCUUAUGGCAGCCACCCAGGCCCUGCAAGCAGUAGACGGCUCCAGGAGUUGGAGCUGGACCAUGGGGCUUCGGGAUACAAUCAUGAUCAAACUCAGUGGUAUGAAGAUUCCCUGGAGUGUUUGUCAGACUUGAAACCAGAGCAGAGUAUUCGGGAUUCUAUGGAUUCCUUGGCUUUGUCUAAUAUCACAGGGGCUUCGGUGGAUGGAGAAAGUAAGCCGAGGCCAUCAUUAUAUUCUCUGCAAAACUUUGAGGAAAUAGAGGCAGAAGAUUGUGAGAAAAUGAGCAAUAUGGGGACUUUGAACUCUUCCAUGCUGCACAGGAGUGCAGAAUCCUUAAAGAGUCUAAGUUCAGAGUUGUGUCCAGAGAAAAUCAUGCCUGAGGAGAAACCAGUACAUCUGCCAGUGCUCAGAAGGUCCAAGUCUCAAUCCAGACCACAGCAGGUCAAAUUUUCAGAUGACGUCAUCGACAAUGGAAACUAUGACAACAUCGAAAUCCGGCAGCCUCCAAUGAGUGAGAGGACUCGGAGACGGGUCUACCACUUUGAAGAGAGGGGAUCCAGGUCUCAUCACCAUCGCCGCAGGAGAAGUAGGAAGUCCCGCUCUGACAACGCCCUGAAUCUUGUCACAGAAAGAAAAUACUCUCCCAAGGACAGGCUGCGGCUGUACACCCCCGAUAACUAUGAGAAGUUUAUACAGAAUAAAAGCGCCCGGGAGAUCCAAGCGUACAUCCAGAAUGCGGAGCUCUACGGCCGGUACGCCCACGCCACUUCCGAUUAUGCGCUGCAGAACCCGGAAGUGCAUCGCUUCCUGGGACUCUACGGUGAGGAUGACGACUCCUGGUGUUCCUCCUCCACCUCCUCCUCCGACUCGGAAGAAGAAGGAUAUUUUCUUGGACAACCAAUUCCUCAACCCCGGCCACAGAGAUACGCCUACUAUACAGACGACCUUUCUAGUCCAACUUCGGCCCUCCCCACUCCUCAGUUUGGUCCGAGGACAACUAAAUCCAAGAAGAAAAAGGGACACAAGGGCAAAAACUGUAUUAUUUCUUAACCUAGUAGCUGUGGAGGUCAUACUUAAACUUAGCCAUUAACCAUCUUGAAUCGUAUCUUUUUCUUCCAUAGGAAAGUUGCUAAAAUAGUUUAAAGUGCUUUGCCCAUGUAAAUGAGCCCCUGACUGCCGUUUACAGAUUAACAUUUGGAAGGUGUGAUUUCUCCAGUUUACCCUCCUUGGAUGGUGCCAGGUUGCUGUGACAUCUUUGUGCCUCUCAGGUGCCAUUAUGGUUUCACAUAGCUGCUUUGGUCUCCAAUCCUCAAAGAGAACCCUCAAGAAACUGUUGAGAGGUGAUUGGACAGAGGUAUUGAUUUUAGACAAUGGAGAACUUCAGCCACCUUUGUAAAGCAAUAGUGUUUGUCGUUCGUCUACACCAGGUUGGCGCAGGUCCUGAUCGGUCUGUCUGGUAGUGCGGCAUGCACGUAGUCACACUGACCCAGCCAACACUGUGCGUCCCAUCCUAUGAGGCCACCUUGUCCCUUUCAAUCCUCUUUAGCCAGGUGAACAUUGUAUUAGUUCCAGCUACA